UGGGUAGCGUGAGAUCACAGCUUGGCUGCACCAACAAAGCACCCGAGCCACUUCCCCCAAAGUGGCCAUACUUUACUUGUCAGCUCCUUCCUCUUCCUCUUCCUUCUUGGUGCAGGACAAACAACUCCACCACAGCAAAGCAAAGCAAAAGAAAGGCUCUGCUGCGGCUUCCCAACCCCAGAGGGAACCAGCUCUGCCAGCAGCCCCAGGUCGCUUCUUGCCCUCAUUUUCCUGGGCUUUCCUGGGCAGGACUUGACCUCGCAGGCGUGGUUUGCAGGCAGGCUUUGCAGGCAGCUCUCAGCCACUUCGGUGAGCUCUGCAGCAUGGCUGAGCAUGCUGCUGCAAGGCUGCACCUCUCUGGGCUGUGCUUCUUCCUCCAGCUCCUCACCAUCGUCCUCUUCGCCACCUUUGUCCGGUACAGCCCGGAGAGCUCCAACCUCUGCUCCACAGAGCCAAGCUGCAGCCAGAGAGACCCCAGCCCGACUUUGGGGUACCCCCGGUUCCGGGAUGCCCACCUCCGAGCUCUCCUCGGCUUUGGCUUCCUACUGGCCUUCCUCAGCCGUUAUGGAGUGGGCAGUGUGGCUGGCAGCCUUCUCAUCGUGGCCUUCACCAUCCAGUGGGCCAUACUGGCCCAGGGGCUCUUUUAUUUCUCCCAGAACGGCAAGAUUUAUGUGAGCACUCAGAGCAUGGUGAGUGCCGACUUCUGCACCGCAGCCAUCCUCAUCUCCACCGGCGCUGUUCUGGGCAGGGUGAAUCCCAUCCAGAUGCUGCUGAUGGCUCUGCUGGAAGUGCCCCUCUUUGCUUGCAAUGAAUACAUCCUGCGGAACCACCUGGGGGUAAGCGACAGUGGAGGCUCCUUGACCAUUCACACUUUUGGUGCUUAUUUUGGCUUGACGGUUUCACGCGUCUUGCACCAGCUCCACAAGGACAAGAGGAAAGAGCAGCAGGACAUGGGGCACCAGCCUGAUGUCUUUGCUGUGGUUGGAACCAUUUGCCUGUGGAUCUUCUGGCCCAGCUUUGCCUCAGCCACCACAACCCACAGCAGCGCCGAGCCCUGGGCAGUGCUGAACCUCUACUUCUCUCUGUCAGCAAGCACCCUGGCCACCUUUGUCCUCUCGCCUAUCCUGUAUGAGGAGGGCACGCUGCAGGUGGCCCAGCUCCAGGAUGCCACUUUGGCCAGCGCAGCCGUGAUGGGGAUGGCGGGGGAGAUGCUGUCCACCCCCUUCGGGGCUCUCACAGCAGGCUUUCUGGCCAGCCAGCUCUCCCUGCUUGGCUCCAGGUUCCUUUCGCCCAUCCUGCGAUCCAGGCUGAAAACCGAGGACACGUGCGGAGUGCACAACGUCCACGGGCUGCCGGGGAUCCUGGGCACCUUCCUGGGGAUACUGCUGGCAGCGUUGGCCACUGCGGAUGUAUACGGCGACAGGCUGCAGCUCGUCUUCCCGCUGGUGGCCGACGGCAGCCGCACGACCGCUGAGCAGGCGCAGUGGCAGCUAUGCGGGCUGCUGAUCACCCUGCUGCUGGCUGCCUUCGGGGGCGGCAUCACGGGAGUCCUCCUGCGAAUGAAGGUGCUGAGGUCUCCCCCCGAGGGGAACGAGUUGGAGAGCAAAGUGCUGCGGGAGGUGGAUGAGGAUGGAUGUGACCGCGGGGCGAGCAGCGAGGAGCGAGGCACCGUCGCCUGACAGCGUGACCCGUGGGCUGGACACAGGAUGGAUGUGGCCAUGAAUUGAAUGUGAUCCUGAGUCUUCCACAUCGCCUCCCUGACCCAAACUCAUGGAGCAGAACCCAGCCUUGCUGCCAAGCUGUUCCCCUACAUAAGCAUCCUCGACUUUGACCCUUGCAAUCACAAAGCUCCGUUUGCAGGACACUAAUAAUUGCUAGCAGCAUAAUGAGCCUUUCUGGGCGCUGGCACUGGGGGCACAGCAAUUAAAAUCGUUGGCACCCAGCACAUGGGUGGCUGCAGUGCCCACUCCAGGGUGCCUGGGCAGUACAAGCAAACAAUCAGCUCGUUCUUUGCCAGCUCCAACGAAGAAUAAAAUUAAAUCAAGAGGGAAUUGAGGCCUCAGCAGAACUGGGAGUCAAGUUUAUUUACAAACUGAAUGUAAAGUGAAGGGCUGGGAACAAAGGUGUUAUGUAAGGGACAGUCACUAAGGGGCUCUAAUUGCCACUUGCAUUGCAAUACAAAUUUAUCUCACGGCUGAAUCUGCUCACAGGUUCAAGCAUUGCUCCUUUCACCAUGCUGCCUGGCAAAAUAAGCAGCCAUCAUUCUAUGGUCCAAACCCAUGGGGGGCCUUGUGGUGCACCACAGAGCGGGAGGGUGCUGGGGUAGGUGUGUCCACAGGCAGCAGCUGGCAUGGGGAGAUGUGCUGGGGGGAGAUGGGACCUGGAGCAAAAUACCUUUGAGUCCUUGUGGGCAGCAAGGAGCAGCAAACCAUCAUGGGAUGCUUGUGGGAAUAGCAGGGAAUGGUUGUGAAAGGAGAAGCAGGGAGGAUGAAUGAUGCUGCUGCUUAUGGUGAUGCUUUCAAGGGUGCCAAGUGGCUUUGGUCAAAUGCAAGAGACCCAAGGGCAGAGAGCAGUGCAAAGAACUGGGGUCACUGCAGCACCCAGCAGUGCUGCUUUCUGCUCCCUGCUCCUGGCACAUGCAGGGCACAUCCAGGGCAUGAGGACCAUGGAGGGCACUGUCAGAUCCACUCUGGCUGAGCUGCAGGGAUAGCGAGGAAGAGGAGGAGGCAGCAUCACCAGGAGCCGAGAGGUCAAUUUUAUUGACAAACGGGCUCUUGAAUGGAGCGUGGGGAACAAUGCCGGCACUCAGCCCGGGUCAAUCUGGGCUGUGUAAAGAGAGGGGCCGGCAGGAGCAGCCCCAGGGAAGCCCUCCAGGCGAGUGGCCUCUGCCUCUGUGUUUGCAUAACCCCUGACCCCUCCUUUGGGGGCUUAAUUGAAAUCCCAGCUUGGUGACAAAUUGGCAUGACCAGUGGACCGGGGAUGGAAGUGAUGCUGGGAGCCCUCUCUCUGCUCCAGCAGAGUCCAACACAUCCCAGGAGGCACAGACCCCAUGCAGAAUGGCUCACCCUACUCCCAUGCACAAUGGUUUAACAACAACACAUUGCUUUCCCCCAUGUCACUGCCCCAGUGCACUCAGACAACAUCCUCACCCCACAGCCAACACAUGUGGAUCAUUUGGGAUGCGUUCUCCUCGGGCUGGGUUGCUCUGCUGCUUCCCCAGGCUGUUUGCAUCCUGGCUGUGCAGAUGAUUUCCUUGCAGUGCAGGAAAAGAAUGGCCACAGCCCUUUGCUGGUCUUGCAUGCAAGGAAAAGCUGCUUGUCAGAGCUGAACAGCAAGCGUAAAUGGAGCCCCAAAGCAGUUCCUGCAGCCUGGGGGUCAGACAACUGCACUGAGCCAAAUGGGAAUGGAGUCUGCCCAUUUCAGGAGCUCCUGGGAGAGAGGUGAGAAAUGGCAGAUGCACCCUUGUGCUCUCCUGCCCACAGCAAGACACUGAAUAUUUGGCAUUAGAUAGAUCAGCUAAGAUGAAUCUCGGCUGAUCUUUGAAGGGGGAGGGAGUAGUUUGUACCUCACACACAAGUUGGCCUGGUGGGGCUUGAAUCAAUUCCAGGUUAAAUCUGCACGCACAUCACCGUGGCUCCUGCUGGCAGCUUUGCUGAGUCUGGUGGAGUGUCCCAUGCCCAUCCUCAGACCAUCAGCUUCAUUUCUCCAGCACCAGCAGGACUUGCUCCCACUUGUACCCACUGUCUGAACUCUGUCUCAGCAUCUUGCACCAAACUGCCUUAAAAACAGAGUGACUCCACUUUGAGGCGAAACCCUAAAAUAUCCCUAAAAUACGAU